AUGGCUGCUAUAUCUGAGUGUGAUGAUAAAACGUAUAGAGGUGCUAAGAAGAAAGCUUUGAAUGCCAACAUCGCAUCUCGUGACCCGUGCAUGUAUAAUAAAGAAAGAGCGGAUCCCUUGCUUAUCGCGCCGGACCACCUUAGGAUAGUUUCGCGCACCGAUUGGCUCGCACAACCAGUGGAAGGUGAACUGGAGAAACUGGUACAACCAGUGCCGUGGGUGAUAAUAACGCACACCGCAACAGAGGCCUGUUACGUUCAGAGCGAGUGCGUGCUCAGGGUGCGGCUCAUGCAGACGUUCCACAUAGAGUCGCGCGGCUGGAGCGACAUCGGGUACAACUUCCUAGUGGGCGGCGACGGCUCCGUGUACUUCGGCCGCGGCUGGGAAUACGUCGGCGCGCACACGAAGGGGUACAACAGGUACAGCGUGGGUAUAGCGUUCAUAGGCACCUUCAACGGCGACCCGCCGCCGGCCAGGCAGGUGGACGCGUGCAGGAAGCUCAUCGAGAGGGGAGUCGCGCUCGGGAAGAUCGCUACGGACUACAGGCUGUUCGCGCACAGGCAGCUAAUGUCCACCCUCAGCCCGGGCGACGGGCUGUUCGACUUGAUGAAGCGGUGGCCACACUUCGUGAGCAACUUGACGGACAUCGGCGCCCUAAUACCGAAGGCACAU